AAGACAUUGCAAUUUGCAUCUAAACCUGUUGGCUGUUACAUCAAAAUUUCACACUGAUCCCCAAAAGCACCGCUAAAUCAUACUCUCUCUCUCUGGUUGAGUCGUUGUGUUAUUCUUUCAAUUUCAAUGGAUCGAAACCAAAUCCUUCUCGUUGGGUUACCAAUCUUCCUCUUCUUCUCGGACAUUCUCAACCUCUUCUCUCCUCAACCCCCUCCCAAACCAACCCAUCAUCAUCACCUUCCCAUCCACCCCAAACCGCACCCUCAACCGCACCUUCAACAACCCCUCGAGUUCCCUGCGCAGAAACAGAGUGGUUUUGGCCCAAUUGGAGCUGGCAACACCGUGAGCAUUGAUUUCUGCACUUCCUGCUCUUACAAGUUUUCUCCAAAUUGAAAGAGAACAGAUUCCCUGGGGAAAUUGAGUUGAGGGAACUUGUUGGGAGAAGAUUAGCUAGUACAAGAUUUGCCAGUGGUAUUGAAGGUGGUGUUGUGCUCUAGAACCCUCAAUAGCUGAUUGCAAGAUUUAUCUCAUUUAUUUGAAGUUAGGCCUUGAGAAGAUACAUCACACAGAUUGAAGCCUUCAAAAUGGAUGUUAAAGAAUCAAAUUUUUAGUUAGUGUUUGUGUAAUUUGUUUUGUACACUGUUAGGUAAGCUAGUGAAUAAUAAGCAAGCAUUUUUCUCAUGCUCUCACUUUUGAAGCCUUUUUUUUUCUUUUUAUAAACUUGGAUUUCAUAAAAAAAAUAUUCCUCCAUUUACUAACA